AUGUCCUGGGUUCAAGUUGAGAAGGCCAGAACGAAAACAGAGAUAAAGCCGCGUGUGCUGGCAGCCGUAGUUAUCGUGCAGCUAUUCGCCGACACUGGAGUGCACGUGUGGCGCGCUGACUUUAGCCUACCACGAGGUCAGGGUGAAAAGCGUCUGCUUCGCCUGGCUGCUUUCGAGUUGGGUCUUUGCCGCGCCGCAGCCCUGCCCAAGCGAGCAAUGCAAUUUGGAACACGAAUCGCCAAAACAGAGCACACUCAUGCCGUGCAUGGCGCUGACAGGACCCUCUACGUGGAUGACCUUGAGUGA